AUGACAACCACCACCACAACCACCACCACCAAGAAGACGCCCGCGACGCGCGACAUCAUCUCAAUAUCCAUCCCAGAAGGCGAAGGCAUGAAGACACAACUAGACCGCAUCGCUCGCUCAAAUCGCACCGCGUACGAGAAACGGGUGUGGACCGCGCUGUGCCAAGUACCAAAGGGUCAGAUCACGACGUACGGCAUUCUGGCGGCGCAUCUCAAGUCGUCGCCGAGGGCCGUCGGCAACGCGCUGCGUCGGAAUCCUUUCGCGCCGCAGGUGCCGUGUCACCGGGUCGUUGCUACGGGCGGUGCUUUGGGCGGGUUCAAGGGCAAGUGGCCGAAGAACGGGGAGGGGAUCACGCUUGAUGAGAAGAGGAUGCUUUUGAGGAAAGAAGGCGUCAAAAUUGAUUCGAGUGGGCGUGUUCUUGGGUCGCCUUUUGUGGCCUUUAUUUGA